AUGGAACAGACAAAGACUGUAUAAGGCAAAAGAAGUCUUCUGGGAACCACCAUACCCUGGAGACACAGUGAGUGACACCACUGCCAGGAAGAGACCUCUCAGCUCUGGGCCUGUCUCUAUCCAGGCUGGAACAAGUCUUCUCAUAAACUUGGUCCUCCCCCGGAAUCUAAAGCCUCCUCAGCUUUCUGAGCCUAAAAGAGACCAGCAAAACUGCUGUAGAAACUCUGCUAGCUGGCUGCCAGUGUGACCUCACCCUCUCCAGUGCCCCCUACUCGGUGCCAGCUAUGAGUUCCUGCAAUUUCACACAUGCCACCUUUGUACUCAUUGGUAUCCCCGGAUUAGAAGAAGCCCAUUUCUGGAUUGGCUUCCCCCUGCUUUCAAUGUAUGCUGUAGCAGUGUUUGGAAACUGCAUCGUGGUGUUCAUCGUAAGGACGGAGCGCAGCCUGCAUGCUCCCAUGUACCUCUUCCUCUGCAUGUUGGCAGCCAUUGACCUGGCAUUGUCCACAUCCACCAUGCCCAAGAUCCUCGCCCUCUUCUGGUUUGAUUCCCGGGAGAUUACCUAUGAUGCCUGCAUUGCCCAGAUGUUUUUUAUUCAUGCCCUCUCAGCUAUUGAGUCCACCAUCCUGCUGGCCAUGGCCUUUGACCGUUAUAUAGCCAUCUGUCACCCACUACGCCACGCAGCAGUGCUCAACAAUACAGUAACAGCCCAGAUUGGCAUGGUGGCCGUGGUCCGUGGAUCCCUCUUCUUUAUCCCACUGCCUCUGCUCAUCAAGCGGCUGGCCUUCUGCCACUCCAAUGUGCUCUCACACUCCUAUUGCGUGCACCAGGAUAUGAUGAAGUUGGCCUAUGCAGACACAUUGCCCAAUGAGGUCUAUGGUCUUACUGCCAUUCUGCUGGUUAUGGGCGUGGAUGUCCUCUUCAUCUCCUUGUCCUAUUUUCUGAUUAUACGAACAGUUCUACAACUGCCUUCCAAGUCAGAGCGGGCCAAGGCUUUUGGAACCUGUGUGUCACACAUCGGUGUGGUUUUAGCCUUCUAUGUUCCUCUCAUUGGACUCUCAGUGGUUCACCGUUUUGGAAAAGGCCUUGACCCCAUCGUGCAUGUUCUUAUGGGUGAUGUCUAUCUACUUCUGCCUCCUGUGAUCAAUCCCAUCAUCUAUGGUGCCAAGACCAAAAAGAUCAGAACUCGGAUGCUAGCUAUGUUCAAGAUCAGCUGUGACAAGGACCCUCACGCUGUGGGAAGCAGGUGAUCUUUACCACUUUCCCUUAUCUUUAGUGGCUUGACAUAAUGAUUUCCUAAUACUAGCUUAUUUCUAAUUGCCUAUUUAAUGAUUUUUCCUGCUGUGGCCUCCAAAUGCUACCUCUGCUUGGGAUGAAAGUUUGGAGGCUACCAUGAUUUCCUUUCAUAGGAAAUUAGUUUUUAUUAAUGAAAAUUCACAAUUUUGGAAUAUAAAUUCUUGAGCAUCACAGCUGAUGGUAUAAUUGGCAAUAUGUAGCAAGAAAUUUUUAAAACUUAUAUGCUUUAAUGCUUUCUCACUUUUGGAAAUUUAUUCUAACAAAAUAUCCCUAAAUGCUGAAAGCAGUUUUUCAUAAAAUACAUUGGCUACACCACUAUUAAUCAUAUACUAAAGAUCACAGGAUAUAAUAUAUAAAAGUAAGGAAUAGUAAAUUUGACUAUGGUCCAUUUAUUUAAUGAAAUAUAUGUGGAACAAUCCAUAUUAAAAGAAUAUUAUGUGACCUUUAAAGACUCUGCUAUAAAAUGAAACAUGCAUAUAAUGU